UUUAUCCUUUUAUUUUGAUUUGGGCAUGAUAAACGAGACUUGUCGCCGUCUUUUUCCAAGAAGCAAGUAGAUAAAUAUAAUAAGAAAUUUAAUCUUUUCCUAUUCGUAAGAGAUAAAUUAAAAAUUUCCUUUCCCAAGUGUCUAUAAUAAAUUUGAAUAUAAAUUUUGAUUACCUGAAAAAUUGUAACUUAAUAUAAAAGGAAAACUAAUGCUUUUGAGAAGUCGGCUUUCAAGCACGUGCAGUAAUAUCUGAAUUUAUAAAACAAAUUUUGAAAUUGAGAACAAUGACAGAAGCGAAAUAUUAUUCUCUCGAAAAAGACGGAACCUAUUGUCUAGGUUUCCCAAACAAACAUGCCCUAUCUGAAAAAGAAAUUGAGGAAAUUUUUUCUGAUUACGGUGAUGUAAUUUCUGUAAGAACAAGUGGAGACGAGCGAGGCUUCAGAUUUGUUAGAUUCAAGUCAGAAGAAGAAGCAGAAUGUGCUGUUCAAGGUUUACACGGUCACAAGAAAAUUCGCAUUUUACCUAAGAAACAAAAAGUUGUAAAUAAUAAUGAGAAGGGCAAAUCAAAAGAGAACCAGAAGAAUGGUCAGCAGAGAAAUUUAGGUGCAAAGAAAAAAGUUAGUGAUAAAAAUAAAAAGAAAGAUGAUGACGAAUUAAACGAUUCUUUCAACGAAGAUUCAUCAGCAGCUCAUUCCAUAAAUAAAAAGAAACCUCAACCAUACGGUGGUACAUAUAAUGGUUCCUUUAAUGCCAAAUGCUUUGAUUCUACAAAUGAUGAAGAUUCAACAAAAUGUGCUGAAACUGAGAAUUUAAUGAAGAUUCUGAAAUUUCGCUCACUGAAAAUGAAAGCUAAUAAUUGUGCCAUUGAUUCCUCACCGAAUGUUCAUGAAGAAGGAACUAAAAAGAAAACUAAUCAGAACGAAGAUGAAGGAAGUACUAGAGAUAACUCCAACUCUAGACACUUGAGUAAUAGAAUUAAACCCAAGACACAACAUAAAGAAGUGGAUGAAUCUGUAAAAUCAAAUCAAGAAGAAAAUGGAAAUUUGCUGAAGAAAAUGAGACUGAAUUCCUCUCAAGUUCAUUCCGGACGUCAAUCUACUGACAGUGUUUCAAGAUUUGCAGCGGAUCCAAUUGCUUAUGACUUGCCAAACGAUAAAGAACCUCCUGAACUUGUCUCCACAGACGAACUGAAACAAAGGUCGGGCAAGGGGUCUGUUUGCAGUGAUGAAACUAUUAGAAUUGCUUUAGCAGAAGAAGUAAUCGUUGCUAAUAUUCACGAGAAAUUUAGUGUUUUAUACAUUUUGUACCUUCUCGAAAAGUUUGAACCAAUAUCUAUUACUGAGAUAAAAACCAUUUCACGAAAUGGAGUUAGAUAUUGCAGUGUUUAUUUUAAAUCACAAAAAGAUGCAAUUGCUGUUGAAAAGCAGUUUGAUAAUUUCGAUCUUUCAGGAAAUAAAUUAAUCGUACGUACUCCACAAUUGUUGGUAAAGGAAGUAUCAACUGUCUGAGAUAAUUAUAACAAUAUGACAUUCAUUCAACUUAAUUGUUCAUUUGAAGAAAUAUUAUAAUUUUUUCACAUAAUCGUCCAUCGUUUUUACAAUGAUUUUAUUUUCGUUAUAAAAUUUAUAGAUUCUCAUCCGUAAUAUAUUAACAUUUUGUUGAUAUAUUAUUAUUAUAUUAAUUAUAAUAAUUAAUUUUGUAACAUACAUAUAUGUACUCUUGAUAGAUUCAAUUCUAGAGUACUUUCACUAUAGAGAUAUCCUCACAAAUCAUUUAUUCAUUAAAAUAUAUAUAUAUAUAUAUAUCUCUUUUAUAUUUUUAUUAUAGAAGUUUAUAAUCAAGUACAUUGGUCAUGAGUUUUGAAAUGUCUGAAUGAUAAUUAUUUCAUUAGUAUUGUUUUAUUAAGACUUCGGAUUAGAAAAUAAUCGUGUAAUAGUAAUAAUAAUUACGAACGUGCGUAUUCAAUCUAUUUUUGAAAAUUGUUAAUGAAUUCAAAGAGCCUUAUUAAAUAUUUUAAUUUUUUUAUACUUGUUCAUCAAAUAUUUACCAACAGUCGCUGAUUUUGAAUUAAAUGUAUUACAUAAACAAUGAGAACUAUUAUUUGUAUAAGAAUUGUGAAUUUUUAAUGUCAAAUAUAUAGAUUUUUUUCUAAAUAA